CUUGUACGGUACUGAAUGCUCAGCGAAUCUGUGAUGGAUUACUCAACUGUUAGUCUCUAUCAGUGUAUCGUAGAUUGAUUGUGUUGUUUCAGUAAUUAACCGAAAAUGGCAAGUGAUGGCACCGCGAAGCUCUCCAAAAACGUAUUACGGAUGAAGUUUAUGCAGCGUGGGCUGGAUGCAGAGACGAGAAAGCAGUUGGAAGAAGAAGAGAAGAGGAUAAUCAGUGAUGAACACUGGUACCUGGAUUUACCAGAGCUCAAGGAGAAAGAGAAUUUCAUUAUAGAAGAGAGGAGUUUCCUACCAUGUGAAGACUUGCUAUAUGGCAGGAUGUCAUUCAAGGGUUUUAAUCCUGAAGUUGAGAAACUCAUGACCCUGAUGAACUCCCAGAAUAGGACUGAGGAUGUUGAGGAAGAGGAGCAGAAUAAAACGGGAGUGGAUGUUUCAGACGAAGAGAUGGCAAGGAGAUAUGAGAGCUUGGUGGGGAGCAUCAAAAGGAAAUUUACUAAAAAGCGGAACCGCCCAGUAAUUCAAGGAGAGGACAACGUUAACAGCAACAUUAGGAGUCCCAAAAUCAAGAAGGUGUUCUUAAAACCACAAGACUAGAAAAGGGAAUUAAACAGGAUACAUUUAUAAGGACAAUUGACUGGCAAGUGAGUGUCAAAGGAGGGAGGAAAUUAGUUUUUAUAUCUUGGUGUUUUUUGUGUUCCUGGUGACCCUGAGUUCAUGAUGAUUGAAUUGUUAGCUUUUAAACAUAUUUCUUAAAUUUUAAAAUGGGUGUUAUACAUCCUUCUUUUUUAGCCACUAAGUAGAAUAAUAUCAGCUCAUCAAGAAUAGUAAAAUGUUGUCUUUACAAAACGUAUCCAAUAUAGGUUUUGAUUCUGCCAACAUUAAUUAUUGAGAACUUUAUUAAAGUUCUUUGUGCUCACGCUGUUCAGCAUUGGCUGCAAUUCCUUCACCUUAUCAAGAGAUCUAAACAGAUAUGAAGUUGCCUUGUACUUGCUAUUCAACUACAGAAAAAGCUCUGAAUUAGGGCAACAUAUUUGAACUUCACCUGCUUAUAGUUCGACAUGAUUUUGUUUAAAUAAGUAUACAUUGUUCUAAUCUUGCCUUAUGAAAUAUCCAGACAGUGUCAAGUUUUCAUCCAACACAUUUAUUGAAUCUGUACAAGGUAUUGGUAUUGAUCAGUGGUAUCGAAACCAAUGUUCAUCCUGUGACUGAAUUGAAUUGUUGUAUGAAAAUAGUCCAGUGUUUGUAUACAUGGGGAAACAGAUCAACAUGACUAAAAAAACAAACAAAUACAUGACAUGUUGCACUUAGGGACAGUUCAGAAUGACUAGUACAUAUGUGUGUUUGUAUUUACCUGUAUAAAUGAGGUGCAUGACGUGUGUAUUUACCUGUAUAAAUGAGGUGCAUGACUUUGGUCUGUUGUAAAUACUUUGUCAUAAUGACUAAACAAAGUAAACCAUAUAAUGUAUUUUAAGAUAA